UGCUAGCAAUUAACCAAGCUAAGCACCUUGCUUCGAGAACUACAGCUGUUGGCAUAGUUUCCUCACACGUCACAAGAGUAUAUUCUGAUCAGGUGAUCGGCCCGUUGGCAUCACAAGCCAUGGCGUCCUCCAAGGGCUCCUGGGCCGCGCUUGCAUUGCUCCUCUUUGCUGCUCUCGCAUCCACGGCCGUCAACGGCGACCACAAGCUCUCCGCCAGGUACUACGACGAGACGUGCCCCAACGUGCAGCGCGUCGUGCGGGCGGUCAUGGCGUACAAGGUCGCCAGCGAGCCGGCGGUGGCGCCCGCCCUCCUCCGCCUCUUCUUCCACGACUGCUUCGUCAACGGAUGCGAUGGGUCCGUCCUCCUCGACGGCACGCACUUCUCCGAGAGCGAGAAGGACGCGCUGCCGAACGCUUCCCUCCGAGGCUUCGAGGUGAUCGACGAGAUCAAGUCCGUGCUGGAGCACGACUGCCCGGCCACCGUCUCCUGCGCCGACGUGCUCGCCCUGGCGUCCCGGGACGCCGUCGCCAUGCUCGGAGGGCCCGCCUGGAGCAUGCCUCUCGGCCGCAUGGACUCUCGCACCGCCGACAGGGACGCCGCCGAGAACCUCCCCAGCCCACACGACAACUACACGUCGCUCGUCUCGACGUUCAGGGAGCGCGGCCUCGACGCCCGCGACAUGACCGCGCUCUCCGGCGCGCACACCGUAGGGAUGGCCAGCUGCGUGAACUACAGGGCCCGCGUCUACGGCAGCGACGGCGACACCAACAUCGAUCCCUCCUUCGCGGAGACCAGGCGGCAGUCGUGCCCCGCCGGCGACAAUGAGGAUGGUGGCAUGGCGCCGUUUGACGAGCAGACGCCGAUGACAUUCGACAACGCCUACUACAAGGAUCUGAUCGCGCGGCGUGGCCUCCUCAGCUCCGACCAAGCACUCUACGGCUCCGGCGGGCGGCAGGACGAUCUUGUGGAGAUGUACAGCAGGGACGGUAAGAAGUUCGCCAAGGACUUCGCCAAGGCCAUGGUAAAGAUGGGGAACAUACGCCCGUCCAAGGGGACCACGGUGGAGGUCAGGCUCAAUUGCAAGAUGGUCAACUAGCGAUGAUCUAAUGAUUUGCUCUCAAGACGUACGUCAAGUGCAGUCCCCUCGUGUUUUGGUUUAAUUUGUGUUUUCUGGGUCAAGUUUGUCAAAUAAAUUGUAAAUGUAUUCUUUCAUUCAUUCAUUAGUUUGCCAAAAAUCA